AUGCCAGAUGGGCGAAUUCCCGGUUCAGUCAUAUUUCUGAUCUCAUUCUCUGGUAUGCUUUGUAACACAAUUGUAGCUAUGUUUUCUCACAAAAUGAGAUCUUUGAAAAACCCUUUUGGACGACUAUUGGCUAGCCAAGCUACGGGAGAAGCUUUGUUAUGUGCGACCUUUGCGUUUUAUUGGUCUCCAAUGGUCUUUUUCGACGUUUCUUUUAUGAAAGAACGGUCAAACCUAGCCGGCAUUGCUCUCCUUAUUUUCUAUGAUAUUUGCACCUUCUCUCAUCUAUUUAUAGCCCUUAACAGGAUGUGUGCCAUUUGUAUGCCGUUGAGGUAUAGCACUAUCUUUAGGUAAGC